UCACGUGCUUUGCUCCUCCGGAAACAGACGUGGCCGGCUUCUUUGGGCGUGUGAUGAUUGGUCGUUGCCGGCCGUUUCGGACGGGCUCCCGCUGCAGAGAAUGAAGCGGAGAAAGCUGGAGCCCCGCAGGGGGGCUGCGCUUGUGCCCCUCUUGCUAUGGGGGCUCCUGGAAGCGAAGACGGCGGCGGCGGGCGGAGGCAGCCGGUCCCUCCCGCAGUUUAGCGACGACGUGCCUUUCCGAGUACACUGGCCGGGCAGAGAAUUCAUCCUGCCUACUGCUGGUGUUCUAUACAAAGAAGAUUAUUACAUCAUUAUGACAACAGCAGAUAAAGAAAAAUACAAGUGCAUUCUUCCAGUAUUAGCUAACGGAGAUGAGGAGGAGGACAAGGAUUAUAAAGGGCCAAGCCCAGCUGAACUGUUGGAACCUCUGUUCAAGCAAAGUAGUUGCUCUUAUAGAAUUGAAUCAUACUGGACUUAUGAAGUUUGUCAUGGUAAACACAUUCGUCAGUAUCACGAAGAGAAAGAAACUGGACAGAAAAUAAAUAUUCAAGAAUAUUAUCUUGGAAAUACGCCGAGAAAGAGCCCACCACUAGAUCCAGAUCAAGAAGAAAAUGAAAUUGAAAAAGAUACAGCAAAAGAGAUUCCGACAAAAAAUAUAGAAGGGCAGAUGACUCCAUAUUUUCCUAUAAGAAUGGGAAAUGGCACACCUUGUAGCCUGAGACAAAACCUUCCCAGAUCAAGCACAGUGAUGUACGUCUGCCAUCCAGAAGCAAAGCACGAGAUACUUUCUGUGGCUGAAGUCACUACUUGUGAAUAUGAAGUAGUUAUUUUGACUCCGUUGUUAUGCAGCCAUCCUAAAUAUAGAUUCAGAGCUUCCCCGGUGAAUGACAUAUUUUGCCAGUCACUGCCAGGAUCUCCACUUAAACCUCAUAAAUUGGAACAUCUAGAGCAGCAGCAAGAAAUGAUGAAGAUGCCAUUUAGAAGAGCCAAAGAGGAAGAAAUCAGUUCAGCAAAAGAAGAAAAAUUUUCCUCCUUCCACAAACCGGUUGCUGUUGGGACAUCUCAGCUUUUAACAGUUGGAACAACACACAUCUCCAAACUGACAGAUGAGCAGCUCAUUAAAGAAUUUCUUAGUGGGUCUUAUUGCUUCCAUGGGGGUGUUGGCUGGUGGAGAUAUGAAUUCUGUUAUGGCAAGUACGUGCAUCAGUAUCACAAGGAUAAAGAAAAUGGCAAAACAACUAUAGUUGUGGGGACAUGGAACAAAGAGGAACACCUUGAAUGGGCACAAAAAAAUGUGGCUAGAACAUAUCACCAGAAAGACGAUGACCUGCAAACAGUCAAGAUGGUGUCUCACUACUAUGGCAAUGGAGAUGUUUGUGACUUAACUGACAAACCUCGACAAGUGACUGUGAGAUUGAAGUGCAAAGAAUCUGACUCUCCUCAUGCAGUAACUAUAUAUAUGGUGGAGCCUCAUUCCUGCCAAUAUAUUCUUGGGGUAGAGUCACCAGUUAUCUGUAAAAUUCUGGAUACGGCAGACGAGUAUGGACUGCUUUCCGUGCCAAGUUAAUGACAUGGUAAAUUAUUGGACAUUCAGAAUCACAAAGCUGAAGGAAGAAAAGUACACCUGCAGUUCUCCUUGUGAACCAAGGGUGAAAAGAAGUACAGAAUCAGAGGAAUUCACCAGUAGACAUACAGAAAGAAAAAAAACUAUUGUGAAUUAUUUUGUGAAUAUUAUAUGUAUAUAAGAGACUAUGAUAAACUUUUAAAAAAUUAAAAUCUAAUCUUGGACACUUUCAUUUACUCUAAUACAGAAUGGAGUCUCUUUUAAUAUUUACUUUUUCAUGUUAUGAAAGAUGAAAAUAAGAUUCUGUUUUGAUAAUAUAUCAAAAUACUGUUAAAUUUCUCCUUAGUUCAAGGAGAGCAGCAACCUAGAACUAAGGAGAAAUUUCCUUAA